AUGCUGGAGGUCGAGCUGGUGGAAGUGGGCGAGUCUGGAAGCGGAGGUAGCUUGGGCGGUGACGGCGGUGGCAUCUCCACCCCCCACAACCGCUCUAUUGUUCUUCCUGCAGGAAGGCAGUUACGGUUCCUCUUCAAGCCCAAGCAUGACUUCUCUGUACGGGAGUUCAAACGUGGCAAAGCGAUCAUUCUAGGGUUUGGUUUCGAGGAAGAACUAUCGUUGAACACGGCCGCUAGGCAUGACGCACGUAAUGGGCAGCUGUAUUGA